UUCUAAACAGAAAAGAAGAAAUGGAAAAAGGAAGGAAACACAGACACACGGGAAGAAAUGGGGAAGGAAUAAAGUAUACAAAACUCACAACCCUACUCAGUCGUACGCAAAAUCUUGACACAGGCGUCAAGAUGAAGCUGUUCUUUGUGCUGGUGAUGCUGUGGGGAUGUGCUGCAAGUCUCGAAGAUCUGACAGGUAAAAUGCUCACCUUCCCAGUGGAAAGCAACACGAAUCAUGUCAAGCUGAAUUCAUCAAAAGAAGAUUUCAGUGCUGUAACAGUCUGUCACAGAACCUUCACAGAUCUCAAUAGGGACCACGCGCUGUUCUCUAUGGCUUUACCUUCUUCUUAUAAUGCCUACCUGCUUUUCUGGGAUCACACCAACAAGGAGAUUGAGACACAUGUCAGGGAAGCAAAGGCAGAAUUCCGAGGGUUCGACUACAAGCCAAACAUGUGGCACUCUAUCUGCACCACCUGGGACUCCAAGACUGGACUAGUGCAAAUGUGGUUUGAUGGGCUUCCUUCAAUUAAGAAGUAUGUCAGCUCUGGAUCAAACAUCAGAGGACGUCCUAUCAUUAUUCUAGGACAGGAGCAGGACGGCUACGGCGGAGGGUUUCACGACAAGCAGUCCUUCGUGGGCAUGGUGUCCGACGUCCACAUGUGGGACUACGUCCUGUCGCACUGUGAGAUCCAGCGCUAUUUGAACGAACUGAACUUCACUCCGGGGAACGUGCUGAACUGGGCGGCCAUGGACUUCCAGCAGAUAGGCAGAGUGGUGAAAGAAGAAAAAUUCAUGUCGUGCCACUGAAUUUUGAUAACAGGAUCCAAUGUCAAAAAAAAAACUCAUCUGCUGUGUUUUCACGUCCAGUAAAUAGAAUAAAAUACCAACGUCAACAACUCA